UCCACUCCUUGGUCCCAGAUUGCACUGCGAGGGUGUGGACCCUUUGCUUUUUGUGUGUGUGUGUGUGUGUUGUAUGUGUAAGUCCUGAUGGCGCUGGGAGGACCUGGAACUCGGAAGAAAGGUGUGCCGAGUGAACUGAAGCGUUCCCCGUGCCCGGACAACAUGCGGUGGAGCUUGCGGCUCGCCUUGCUCGGCUGCCUGCUCCUGCAAUGCCGGGCAGCCAUGGACGAAUGCUACGAUGAAACUUCACGGGCUCAGCGUUGCAUGCCCGAGUUCGUCAAUGCCGCUUUCAACGUGACCGUGGUGGCCAGCAACACUUGCGGCUCCCCCCCAGAAGAAUAUUGCGUUCAGACCGGGGUGACUGGGGUCACCAAGUCUUGCCACAUUUGCGACUCCAGUGACCCUCGGCUCCACCACGACGCCGUCUAUCUGACCGAUUACAAUAACCAAGCCGAUACCACUUGGUGGCAAAGUCAGACGAUGCUUUCUGGGAUCCAGUACCCUAAUUCUAUCAGCCUGACUUUGCACUUGGGGAAAGCAUUUGACAUUACGUAUGUAAGACUGAAAUUCCACACAAGUCGGCCUGAGAGUUUUGUUAUUUAUAAACGAACUAAUGAAGAUGGGCCUUGGAUACCUUACCAGUAUUACAGUGGAUCGUGUGAGAAAACGUACCAGAAAAAAAAUCGUGGGUUUAUCCGAACAGGAGAGGAUGAACAGCAGGCGCUGUGCACAGAUGAAUUUAGUGAUAUAUCGCCCCUCACUGGAGGAAAUGUUGCCUUUUCUACUCUGGAAGGGAGGCCCAGUGCUUACAAUUUUGACAACAGCCCUGUGCUACAGGAAUGGGUUACAGCAACUGAUAUCAAAGUGACCUUGAAUAGAUUGAACACUUUUGGAGAUGAGGUCUUUAAUGACCCAAAGGUUCUGAAGUCUUACUAUUACGCCAUUUCGGACUUUGCAGUUGGUGGAAGGUGUAAGUGUCAUGGCCAUGCCAGUGAAUGUAUAAAGAAUGAAUUCAAUAAACUGGUCUGCAAUUGCAAACACAACACAAUGGGAGUGGAUUGUGAGAGCUGCCAGCCAUUCUACAAUGACCGACCUUGGCGCAGAGCUACAGCAGAAAACCCAAAUGAGUGUCUGUCUUGCAAUUGCCACGGCAAAUCUGCAGAAUGUUACUUCGACUCCGAGCUCUACCGAGCCACCGGACACGGUGGGCACUGCCGCAACUGCAUUGAGAAUACUGAUGGUCCCAACUGUGAGAGGUGUCGGGAUGAUUUCUACCGCCAGGGCCCGGAAGCCCAAUGUCUGCCGUGCAAUUGUAACCCAGUGGGUUCAAUCAGCACACAAUGUGAUAUCUAUGGCCGGUGCAGCUGCAAACCAGGAGUGAUGGGAGAUAAAUGUGACCAUUGCCAGCCUGGCUACCACUCACUAACUGAAGCAGGAUGCAGACCGUGUGCUUGUAACCCUGCUGGCAGCACCGAAGAAUGCAUUGUCGAUACAGGGCGUUGUAUGUGCAAGAAUAAUGUUGAGGGAUUCAACUGUGAGAGAUGCAAACCAGGAUUUUUCAACUUGGACCCCCGGAACCCUCAUGGCUGCACAGCCUGCUUCUGCUUUGGUCAUUCAUCUGUUUGUAGCAAAGCUGAGGGCUAUAGUAUCGAGAGGAUCGCAUCAAGCUUUGAUACAGGCAAUGACAGAUGGCGGGCUGAGCAGCGAGACGGUACUGAGGUCCUGCUUCAGUGGUCCCCAGUGAGCCGUGAUAUCUCUGUGGUCUCUAACGAUUAUUUCCCUGUUUACUACAUUGCUCCUGCAAAUAUGUUGGGGAAUCAGCUGAUGAGCUAUGGUCAGAACCUCUCUUUCACUUUCUAUGUGGACAAGAGAGACACACGUUUAUCAGCCGAGGAUCUAGUGCUGGAAGGAGCAGGCCUGAGAGUAACAGUUCCACUGAUAGCUCAGGGAAAUCAGUACCCGACAGAGAGCCCACAGAAAUAUGUCUUCAGGCUUCAUGAAGUAACAAGUUAUCCGUGGAGGCCGCAGCUUUCUUCUUUUGAAUUUCAAAGGCUUCUCCACAACUUGACAGCUAUCAAGAUUCGAGGCACAUACAGUGAGAAUAGUGCUGGACACUUGGAUGAUGUAACUCUGCUCACUGCUCGUCCUGGCUCUGGAUCUCCUGCUGAAUGGGUAGAACAAUGUACCUGCCCAGCUGCAUACCGGGGCCAGUUCUGUGAACAGUGUGCACCGGGCUACAGGAGGGAGGAUCCUAGGCUUGGAGCUUUCAGUUCCUGUGUGCCCUGCACCUGCAAUGAACAUAGUGAUACCUGCGAUCCGGAAAGUGGUGAAUGUUACUGCAGAGACAAUACAGCAGGAUCAAACUGUGAGCGGUGUAGGGAUGGUUACUAUGGUGAUCCUACAGUUGGUAGCUCAGAGGACUGUCGUCCGUGCCCUUGUCCAACUGGUUCAAGCUGUGCCAUGGUGCCAAAAACCAGGGAUGUAGUGUGUACCAACUGCCCUAAAGGAACUACUGGUAAAAGGUGUGAACUAUGUGAUGAUGGGUACUAUGGUGACCCUUUAGGAAGUGAGGGGUCUGUGAGUCCAUGUAAACCAUGUCAUUGCAGUGACAACAUUGAUCCAAAUGCUGUGGGGAACUGUAAUCGGCUGACAGGAGAGUGUUUAAAGUGCAUCUACAACACUGAUGGAUUCUACUGUGACAAAUGUAAAGAUGGAUUUUAUGGAAAUGCAUUAAACCCAAUUCCAUCAGAAAAAUGUAAAGCUUGUAACUGUUCUCGAUAUGGCACUGUGGAUCAGCAAAGGAACUGCAACCAAGUCACCGGUCUGUGCGAGUGCUUAGUUCAUGUCGUGGGCAGGGAUUGUAGUCAGUGUGAGUUAGGCUAUUACAAUCUUCUGAGUGGCCAGGGCUGUCAGAGGUGUGACUGUAACCCCAUUGGUUCCAUUAACGGCCAGUGCGAUGCCCGCAAUGGACAAUGUGAAUGUCAGCCUGGUGUUGUUGGUCGGCAGUGUGAUACAUGUGAACCGUAUCACUUUGGAUUUGGCCAGGAUGGAUGCAAACCCUGUGAUUGUGACCGUGAGGGCUCUGGAUCUCUUCAGUGCAAGGAAGAUGGAAAGUGUGACUGUAAGGAAGGAUUUGUGGGCAUACACUGUGACCAAUGCGAAGAAAACUAUUUCUACAAUCGGACAAGACCUGGCUGCCAGGAGUGUCCUACAUGCUAUAGGCUGGUGAAAGAUAAGGUAACUGAACAUAGACAGAAGCUUAAGGACUUGGAAGAUUUAAUUGCAAACCUUGGAACAAGCCAGGACACAGUGAGCGACAAAGCUUUUGAAGAAAGACUCAAGGAAGCUGAAAGAACCAUAAUGGACUUGCUGAGGGAUGCUGAAAACAUGAGAGAUGUAGACAAAAGUCUUAUGGACCGUUUGGCUGAAAUUAAUAACACCCUGUCCACUCAGUGGGGACGACUUCAAAAUAUAAAAGAUACAGUAGAUAACACACAACAGUUGGCCGAGCUAUCCAAUAAUCGUAUCCAGGAUGCAGAGAAAGUAAUUUCAAAUGCUCGGACAGAGCUUGAAAAGGCCAAGGAAAUCUUGGGCAAUGUGUCAAUAGCAACUCCUGAUUCCAGUGCUGAUCCAAAUAAUAUGACACUUCUGGCAGAAGAGGCUCGUAACCUUGCUGAGAGACAUAAAAAUGAAGCCGAUGUGAUUGAGCAGAUAGCCAAGAAUGCUAAUGACACCUCAACUGAAGCUUAUGAGCUGCUGCGUAAAACAUUAGCAGAAGAAAGUGAAAUCACCAACGCAAUUGAUGACUUAAACCAAAAGUAUGAUGCAGCAAAAAAUAUGUCCAGGGAGCUGGAAAAACAAGCUACCAAAGUACACAGUGAGGCAGAAGAAGCUGGCAGUAAAGCAUUACAAAUUUAUGCUAAUCUGACGAGUUUGCCUGUUGUGGACACCAAGAGUUUAGAGAAUGAAGCAGAAAAGAUUAAAAAGGAUGCAGCAGACUUGGAUGGUUUGAUUGACAGAAAAUUGAAUGAUUACAAAGACAUGCGGGAUGACCUGAAAGCAAAGGAAACUGAAGUUAAGAGCCUUUUGGAAAAGGGGAAAACUGAACAGCAGACUGCUGACCAGUUGCUCGCCCGUGCAGAUGCAGCUAAAGCCCUGGCUGAAGAUGCUGCCAAGAAGGGAAAGGCUACCCUGCAGGAGGCUCAGGAUAUUCUGAAAAAUUUGCAAGAUUUUGACAAGAGAGUGAACGACAACAAGACAGCAGCUGAAGAAGCUUUGAAAAAGAUACCAGGCAUCAGGAAGACCAUUGAUGAAGCCAAUGCAAAGACAAAACAGGCUGAGGAUGCAUUGGGUAAUGCAAGAAUGGAUGCAUCUGAAGCCAAAAAAAAGGCUGAAGAUGCAAAGAAAAUUGCAGAAAUGUUACAGGAGGAUGCUGCUAAAACGAAGCAGGAUGCUGAUGACACCUUUAAUGAUGCCAUGACCUUGGAAAGUGAAGUCAGUAACAUGAUGAAUCGACUUAAAGAAGCAGAGGAUGAACUUGUGGGGAAGAAGAAUGAAGCAGACCAAGACAUGAUGAUGGCAGAUAUGGCUUCUCAAGCUGCAAAAGAGGCAGAUGAGCAGGCAAGAAAGGCCAAAAAGGCUGUGCAGGGUGUGCUAAAUACCAUCAAUAAGUUGUUGGGAGAACUGGGUCAACUUGAUAAUGUAGAUGUUAACCGGCUUGGAGAAAUUGAGAACAUUCUAAAGAAAGCCAAGGAUCAGAUGGAGGAUAGUGAUUUAGAACGGAAGUUGGCAGAUCUGGAAAAGGCUGAAAAGGAGCAGGCUAAUGCGAUAAUUUCCUAUGAGCAAGACAUUGAAGAUAUCCUGAAGGACAUCAAAAACCUAGAGGACAUCAAACAAACAUUACCUCCUGGGUGUUACAAUACCCAGUCUCUGGAGACCCCAUAGUCACUUUCAUGGUCAUCAUCCCCUACCCAAAACCUAGAAUGACAUUGUACAGAAAUUGCCUUAUUACCAAAUUUUUUUUCAAUGUCUGACAACAUCAUUAAGUAUUCCAAGGCUCAUAAAUGAAACUCCUCAGGCAUCAAAUGCAGCUGCUUGGAUGAAGCACAAGAUCAUGGACAUGGAGCAGGUGCGAGUGACAUACCUACAUGGCAAGCUACUGGGAUUCCAGAUGAACCAAGUCUGUUGGAAGGACAAUCUGAGAAAGCCACACUGUAUGCUUUUGACUUAAGUCACUCCACACAAUUAGAUUAGUGAAUUAUCAGACCUUCCUCCACAAUGGGGAGACUCCCCCUGCAAUGCAAAGGCAGUGGGGCAGCCUCAAGCAGCAUAAUGGUGGCUAAAAUAUACAAAGAAAAAGGCUAUUAAUGUAGGUUUGUCUCUCCUCCUGCUGCCUGGAGGCAUUGGUUCUUUAUUGCAUUCACAUCAUGAGUAUUAACAUAGCUUUAUAUUCUAUGGUACUGUAUUAUUUUCCCCUUUUUUAAAUGACCAGACUAGCUGUGAAGGAUUAAGAAUUGUUAACACAUUAACAUUUAACUUUUUACCACAUCACCUCCUAACUGUGCAUUAUACCACAUUCAUGUAGGGGUAAAUAAGUAACUACGUGAACAAUAUAUGCAGUAUUCACCAGGUUAAUGUUGUGAAUUACCAUGAAAGCUGGUCUUCUCUUUAGAAAAUGGAGUUAAUUAUGCAAUAACUAUUUCCCUUGCUCCCUGCUUCCCUUACUUUGAGCUACUUUGUGACGAAGUGAAAUGCUCAUAGCAGUGUCUGACACCGUGCAUUUAAUGUGGAUCACACUAUAUUUCCGUUCCCAAGACUGCUGCUUCAUCUGUGUCAAAAUCAAAGGCAGAACAUAUUUUUUACAGCGACACUCUAUGCAACUUUGUACAUUGCGUAGCAAAAGAAAAUAAAAUUACCUGAUACACUGGUGCUAUUAAUUAUUUCAAAUGUUAUAUUUUUGUGUGAAUGUUUUUUAUCAUGGAAUAGUAUGAGGAAAUGUUGAGUAUCUUCUUGUGUAAAUAUACUCCAGAAUUGUUUCAGGAUUGGCUCUGUGAGUUACCUUCCCACCCUCAAGAUCCUGUCAUCAAUAGAAACCAUGUUUUAGACCUGCUUCUGAUUGCCUGCAUAUUUCUGUGGUAUCUUGCUUGCUUGUAUACACAGCUUAGUUUUUAUUUUCUAUUUAGGGCUACUAUUCUUUAAAUACAAAUAUUACUAAUCUGUAGAUGUCCUACAAAGUAUUUAAAUUAAGCAGUUUGGAUGUUCCACCCCCUCCUCCCUCAACCUUUCUAAAUUCUCCCAAAUAUGUUAAAACACCAUUUGCUUUGUCUGUUCUAAAGCAAGAGAAUUCCCUGAACUUGGCCCAGAUGAAAAUUCAUAAAUUAAGUCUGUUAUACAAACUGGAGAGAGCAAAGGUUUGGCAGUCAGAGCUGUUACUUUUCUAACACAUGCCCCAGUGGGGGAGAAAGUUAUGUGUGCCCCCUUAUCUUUAUCCUGUCAGUGCUUCUGCAGACUGACUUGAUGUAAAAUUUAAUCAGCGUUUUCCUGCUUUGUUUUUAGUCAAAUUAUUGUAUGUAAUUACUAUCACUGCUGAACAUCAUUAUUGCUAAUAAAUUAAUCAUCUAUAAUUGCAUAUUUAGUGCUUGAAACUAUCACUGAAUUAGUUUUACUAUAAAGAGUGCAGACUUUAUCUAAUAAGCACUGGGCAGGUCUAAAGAGUUGCACGCUCUUUCCCAAGUAUAAUACCUGAAGCAAGAAGGUACAUUUCUACUUUGAAGUUUUACUAUUAAUAGCCUCUCCUGACACUGUACCUAGCAGGUAGAGCAGAUCUUUUUUAUUUUAUAACAGUAAUGCAUUCUUAGUAUUUAUCACUUUAAAGAAGUCAAUUAAUCAAAAGUAUGAGGUUAAUGUCCUAUCAGUAGAAAAGAUGUGCACAGAAUGAUCAAUGAUAUAAUGUGGAAUGCAAUAUUGUCUGCCAUGAGAAGUAGAUCCAUAAUGUCUUGUCCUAUGCCUUUGUUUAUAGCUUUUUGACUAAAAUAUCAUCACGCUGUUGGGAAAGACGUGCAACACUUAUACAAUUUUAUGUAUAAAACAGUAUUUCUUAUUUAUAAGACGCAAUAUUUGUAAUCUUUAUCCAGGUCUCCUUGUGUGUGUUGCACAUUCUUUUUAUAAUGGUGUGACUUGAACACUGCUUUCCUUAAGACCUAUUUUGUCCCCACACAGUGGCCAAAAUGCCUGGCAAAUUAUUGUUUAAUAUCAUUGUGCCUGUAAAUCAAAUUGUACCAUUUAAAGAAAUAAAAACGUGGUAUUACAUGAAA